AUGAAGUGUAACCAUCUCCUGUCCUGGGCCUUCCUGCUCGCCGCCUCCGGCCCGACGCUGGGCCACCCCAUCACAGAAUCGGCUGAGAUGCCCUAUCCAGGACCUGCAUCGUUAGAGGACCGAGGAGUCGCCUCCCUGGAUGAUCUCUCUCUCUCCGAGCAGAACUACCCCCCUCAGGACGGACCUGGUCUCAGAUACGCCACCAUCAUAUCUGGGGAGAUCAACAGAGACGGUGUGAGAACAACAGGCCUGUUUCCCAGAGGGAUGAGAAGAGAGGUUCUACUGGAGAAACAAAGUCUCCUGAAUCCCUUCAGCCACGUGUUCGGGAUCCGGAAGCAGUUCAGGAAGAGAGCGGGGAACACUGAGUGUUUCUGGAAAUACUGUGUGUAA